CUCGUGUCGUGUGUCUACUAGAGGCUCACUCGUACACAAUCUUUCCACUGCCAACUUUCUGGCCUAUAGCGGGAAUUCCGCCAAUCUUAUGAUUGAUCGUGGCUGCUGACGAUAAAGUUGAUAAUAUAUAAUGCAGUUUACGGUCCAACACUGAGGCUGUACUUAUUCCCCAACUGUUGAUCACUUAUUCUUUUGUGGGUUGAAAGAGAAUUAAUUAAAGAAGCUAGCAACGGAACCAAAAGAAGCAGGGGAAAGGACAUAGUACAUUCUAGUUUUUGCUUUAUCAAGAAUUAUAUAAUAGGCCAAUAUGGUGGAUCUUGGUUCAGAGGAGACUGCACAACCUUCAACUACUGUUAACAUGUUCACUAAGAAAAAAGAGCUUCUUUCCAAUGUUAUGAAAAGGACCUCCGAAUGGAUUUUAUCCCAGGAGAUCCCAAGUGAUAUAACUGUUCAUGUUGCAGGAACUUCCUUUGCUCUGCACAAAUUCCCACUAGUCUCAAAGUGCGGAUAUAUAAGGAAGUUGGUCGCAAAAUCCAAUGAUGCUAAUCUUUCUGAAAUUGAAAUCCCUGACAUUCCUGGUGGAUCAGAGGCAUUUGAAUUUGCAGCAAAAUUUUGUUAUGAAAUAAACUUUGAGAUAAGCUCAGGAAACAUCGCAAUGCUUAGAUGUGUAGCAGAAUAUCUUGAUAUGACAGAUGACUAUGCAGUUGGAAAUUUGGUAAUAUUAUCAGAAGCCUACUUAAAUGAAGUAGCACUUAAGAGCAUUGCAGGUGCAGUUUCCGUUCUGCACUCUUCAGAAAAACUUCUUCCCAUUGCAGAAAAUAUAAAAUUGGUGAACAGAAGCAUAGAUACAAUUGCAUACAUAGUUUGCAAGGAUAGCCAUUUUUGUAAGUCAGGUAGAAUAGAGGUCGACGCUAAUAGCUUGAUGAAUUCCUCUACAUUAUCAAAUCCUAGGCCUAUUGUUGUUGACUGGUGGGCUGAGGAUUUAACUGUCCUUAGAAUUGAUUUUUUCCAAAGGGUUCUAAUUGCUAUGAUGGCUAGGGGAUACAAACAGUAUGCUCUUGGACCAGUAUUGAUGCUCUAUUCACAGAAAUCUCUUCAAAAUUUGGAAAUAUCAGGAAAGGAAAGGAAAUUGAUUGAGCAAAGACGAGUACAUGAAAAGAGGGUUGUUGUUGAAACCAUUGUUAGUCUUUUGCCAAGGGAGAAAAAUGCAUUGGCAGUUAGUUUUCUCUCAAUGCUUCUUCGCUCUGCAAUAUAUCUAGAAACCACAGUUGCUUGCAGAGUAGAUUUGGAGAGGAGAAUGGCGUUGCAACUUGGAGAGGCUGUAUUAGAUGAUUUGUUAAUUCCUUCAUAUUCUUCCUUCACAAAAGACACAUUAUUUGAUGUUGAAAUCGUGCAACGUAUCACGACGAAUUUCAUUGAGUAUGAAAUGGUGGAAAAUCGGUUGGGCUUCAACGAUGAAGAGUAUGCGCCUCCAUUAGCAAGUGAAAUGGAGAAAGUAGGGGAACUCAUGGAAGAUUACCUUGCUAAAAUAGCCUCUGACAAUAAUCUAUCUGUUUCGCAGUUUAUUAGUAUUGCUGAAGUGAUUCCAGAGCAAUGUGAAGAUAGGAUGUACAAGGCCAUUGACACUUAUUUGAAGGCACAUCCAGCUCUAAGUGAUAAUGAGUGAAAAAGAGUUUGCAGUGUUAUGAACUGUCAAAAGCUAACUCGAGAAGCUUGUGCUCAUGCUGCUCAGAAUGAGAGGCUCCCUGUUCAGACUGUUGUGCAAGUGCUUUACCAUGAACAACAACGCCUUCGCCAAGUUAUGGAUGGUAGUCUAGCCGAUGCAGAUCAGUCAUCCGCCGACAAUAACCCUGUUACAGAUGAAUUCUCAAGUCUAAAAAGAGAAAAUCAAGAUCUAAAAUUCGAGCUAGUGAAAAUGAAAACGAGAUUGAAAGAAAUAGAAAAAUGUGGUGACAAAUCAGCUGCUAGCACCCCUUUGGAGAUCACCACUCCAAUAUCUUCUGAUAAACCUCGUUUGCGAAGAAAAUCUUUCAUAAGCUCAGUUUCCGAAAAGCUUGGGAAACUGUAUCCAAUAUCAUUUGGAGCUGAUCAUGUAGUCAUGCCAUCAGCCAGCAAAGGAAGAUAUAAACCAAUUAGUAGAUAUAGGCGUUAUUCUAUAUCAUGAUGCAGUAAAAUUUGCCAUUAAACUGUUGGUUUUGGCUGAAGUAGAUUGCACUAUUUGAACUUUUGGGAAAGCAGUAAUGGAUUUAGCUAUA